GCCCGCGCCCUGCUGCUGGUCCUGGCCGGGGCCCUGCUGGCGUCCCGCGCCGCCCGAGGGGUGAGCUUAUGGGACCAGCGAAGAGCUUAUGAAGUGACCAGAGUCUCUCUUCUGAAGGAGAACCCCGCCGUCCCAGGACAGAGAUUCCCUACAGAGGUGCAUCCAGGAGUGCUGAAUGUUCGACUGCAACUGGAAAGUCGAGAACUGAUCAUAAAUCUGGAAAGAAAUGAGGGUCUCAUCGCCAGCGGCUUCACAGAGACCCAUUAUCUCCAAGAUGGUACUGAUGUCUCCAUCACUCGAAAUCACACGGGUCACUGUUACUACCAUGGACAUGUGCAAGGAGAUGCUGGUUCGGUGGUCAGCCUCAGCACUUGCUCUGGUCUCAGGGGACUUAUCAUGUUUGAAAACAAAACCUACAUCUUAGAACCACUGAAAAACACCACCGACAGAUACAGUCUCCUCCCCGCUGAGAACCCGAGGGCCAUUCGAGGGUCGUGUGGGUCCCAUCCUGAUAGGUCCAGCUUUGCCAUGGAAGAUGUCUCCUCUGCAUCCUCUCCAGUUUGGGCAACAAGGCAUAAAAGAGAGACCCUUAAGAUGACCAAGUAUGUAGAGUUGGUUAUUGUGGCGGACAACCGAGAGUUUCAGAGGCAAGGAAAAGAUCUGGAAAAAGUUAAGCAGCGAUUGAUAGAGAUCGCUAAUCAUGUUGACAAGUUUUACAGACCACUGAACAUUCGGAUCGUGCUGGUGGGGGUAGAAGUGUGGAAUGACAUCGACAAAUGUUCGAUAAGCCAGGACCCGUUCACCAGCCUCCAUGAAUUCCUGGACUGGAGGAAGAUGAAGCUUCUACCUCGGAAAUCCCACGACAAUGCUCAGCUUAUCAGUGGGGUCUAUUUCCAAGGGACCACCAUCGGCAUGGCACCUAUCAUGAGCAUGUGCACAGCAGAGCAGUCUGGAGGAGUUGUCAUGGACCAUUCAGACAGCCCCCUCGGUGCUGCCGUGACCCUGGCACAUGAGCUGGGCCACAACUUCGGGAUGAACCAUGACACGCUAGAGAGGGGGUGCAGCUGCAGAACCUCGGCGGAGAAAGGAGGAUGCAUCAUGAACCCUUCCACUGGGUUCCCGUUCCCCAUGGUGUUCAGCAGCUGCAGCCGGAAGGACCUGGAGGCCAGCCUGGAGAAGGGAAUGGGGAUGUGCCUCUUCAACCUGCCAGAGGUCAAGCAGGCCUUCGGGGGUCGGAAGUGUGGGAACGGCUAUGUGGAAGAGGGAGAGGAGUGUGACUGUGGGGAGCCAGAGGAAUGUACCAGCCGUUGCUGUAAUGCCACCACCUGUACCCUGAAGCCGGAUGCCAUUUGUGCACAUGGGCUGUGCUGUGAAGACUGUCAGCUGAAGCCUGCAGGAACUGCAUGCAGGGACUCCAGCAACUCCUGUGACCUCCCAGAGUUCUGCACGGGUGCUGCUCCUCACUGCCCAGCCAAUGUGUACCUACAUGAUGGGCACCCGUGUCAGGGAGUGGAUGGUUACUGCUACAAUGGCAUCUGCCAGACCCACGAGCAGCAGUGUGUCACGCUCUGGGGACCAGGUGCUAAACCAGCCCCGGGGAUCUGCUUUGAAAGAGUGAACUCUGCAGGAGACCCUUACGGCAACUGCGGCAAAGACGCCAAGAGCUCCUUCACCAGAUGUGAGAUGAGAGAUGCAAAGUGUGGAAAAAUCCAGUGUCAAGGAGGUGCCAGCCGGCCAGUCAUUGGUACCAAUGCCGUUUCCAUAGAAACGAAUAUCCCACUACAGGAAGGGGGUCGGAUUCUGUGCCGGGGCACCCACGUGUACUUGGGUGAUGACAUGCCAGACCCAGGACUCGUGCUUUCAGGAACAAAGUGUGAAGAAGGAAAGAUCUGCCUCAAUCGUCAAUGUCAGAACAUCAGCAUCUUCGGCGUUCACGAGUGUACAAUGCAGUGCCACGGGCGAGGGGUGUGUAACAACAGGAAGAACUGCCACUGUGAGGCACACUGGGCCCCUCCCUUCUGUGACAGGUUUGGCUUUGGAGGAAGCACAGACAGUGGUCCCAUCCGACAAGCAGAUAACCAAGGCCUGACUAUAGGAAUCCUGGUGAGCGUCCUGUGCCUGCUGGCUGCUGGUUUUGUGGUUUAUCUCAAAAGGAAGACCUUGAUCCGGCUGCUCUUUGCACAUAAGAAAACCACCAUGGAGAAGCUAAGGUGUGUGCGCCCUUCCCGGACACCCAAUGGCUCUCCCCCAGGCCAGGCUCACCCCACCCAUCUCGGAAAAGGCCUUCUGACAAGCAGACCACUACAGUCCAGCAUUCCCAAGGAUGGGAGGUCCCCACAGCGCCAAAGCAUUGACAUCAGCAGACCCCUCCACACAGGAGCCCUCCCUCAGGCCCAGUCGCCUCAGCGAGUGCUCCCACCUCUCCACCAUGCCCUGCGUGCACCUAGCGGGCCAGCCAGGCCCCUGCCCUCCAACCCUGCACUCAGGCAGGCCCAGGGGUCCCACAAGCCCAGCCCUCCUCAGAAGCCUCUGCCUGCUGAUCCCUUGAACAGGACUUCACGGCUCUCCAGUGCCUUGGCGAGGACCCCUGGGCAGCAGGAGCCUGGGCUUCACCCAGCCCCUAUCAGACCUGCUCCUAGGCACCAAGUGCCAAGACCCACCCACAGCGCCUACAUCAAGUGAGAAGCAAGCCGCUGCCUGUCGCCGCCAUGAAGACAGAAGUUUGCACUAUCCUCGGCUCCACUUGGAGCGGGGUUUGUUAUGUACCAACUUUUAGAAAUUCUUUUCAUGUUUAGAACACCGUUAUUUGCAGACCUUUCAGCUGCUGCCGUCAGUGCUGUGCCAUGGUGCUUCGCCUACUUGCUCAGGUACUUGUAAGUUAUUAAUUUCUGCACGGUGCGCCGUGGUAGGCAUUUUUACCAUCACUGAGUUUUCCGGGGAAGGAAGGCUUCUUUUGCUUUUAUUCCUUUAGUGAACUUGAAAUCUCCUGCUUGGCAGGAUUCCAGACAAGAUGUUUACUUUCUGAUCAAGGCCUAUUGGAAAGCAGCUCCCCAGCUACCCAGGGCUGUGGUUGUGGUGCUAGACACAGCUCAGGAGACCCCAGGUCCAACCUGGAAUGGUAUUUUUUUUAAUCGCUAGCUCAGGCUAUACCCAGGGGCCUGCAAGUCCAGGCUGGGCUACACCUGCCUUUGAGAAGGCCCUGGGCCCCUGCAGGCCGACAGGCCCCCAGAAGAUCUGAGACAACAAUGUUGAGGUACGGCCACCCCAGGAUGGAGACUGGAACACUAGGCCAGCACAUGUGACCUUGAGCUAACUGGACACAAGCACAUUUGGAGAGCGAAGAAAUCUGUGGUGCUGCACUAAGGUUUUGCUUUAUCUGGACAUCGAGAGUGCCUCUCCGGCUGCCCUUUGUAGAGUGCUGGCGUGGGCACAGUGUUUACAUUGGGAACAGUGGUGUUUCUACAAGGGCACUGCAGACCUCCAUCCCGGCACUGUUUAGAGCCAAGCAAAUGACCACAUUGUCUUCUCGACUAUAACACAAUGACCCUGUGUUCAGACAGAUAGAUGAGGCUUUCUAUGGAACCAUAACGAUUUUCAGAUGUGAAAUGGUAACCAGACCUAAUUGACCAACUCUGUAGAUAAAAAUCUCCAUUUUACCGCUAGGCUCAACUUAUUAAAAAUUAGGCAGAAUCCUUAUGCUUGCAAAAAGUAUAACCAAAUGGAACGCGCUCACUGGCUCAGCCGCACCUGCUCUCCUUUCCGUACACAUUGGGCAGAGAAUCCCAAGGUGUCUCUUUGGGCUUCUAUUUUCUCAGCUGGGAUGGUUGCAACAGAGUUGGUCUUUACCACACUUCUUUCCUACCUGUUGAGUACCACAGAACGUGGUAAGAAAAUCACUUUCCCACCCCUGUAAGCUCAUGAGAGGCAGAUCAGAGCAAGCAACACUUUCAUCUUUGACUUUUUCAGUGUCUGAUUGGGAAGCCAUUUUCAGAACAUCAGUAAGAUGCCUCAAGCUAAUGGCAUGCAAGACAUUAAAAAAAGAUAAGGCAAAAUGGCAUUAAGCCUUUGCUGUCUCUUGGUUGUGGGGGGUGGUAUGGCUUCACCUUAGAAGGCAAGUGACAGCAGUUUUCUAAGUCAUUCUGAUGUAGUGUGAUCCAGAUUCUUCUGAGGUCACACUAUGUCUUGAAGCAGAAAGAAACAUACACUAAAGAUCUUGGUUUGCUUUCCUGUAAGCAAAACUCCAUUCAACUUCACUUGUGUUCCUCCCUGUGCCUCUCCGUGACUCUAGAGAACUGUAUCCACAUCACACAUACAUAGGUAGAGAACUGUAUCCACAUCACACAUACAUAGGAACUCAGCACAGUCAAGCUCCAAUGGCCAACAUCUGUCUGUCCCUUAUACAGUUAUUGCCUUAAAAAUGGAAAGCUGUGUUAGAUAGUGUUGCUACCAAUGAGUUACAUGCAGAAUUUCUAUAACUGAUGUUACAUUUGGUAGUUGUAUUAAGGCCAAAACAUAUACAAUUUAAAAGGUUUACUGAAUUCCAUGGUGCAUCAUGCAGGCACUGUCUUACUAGAUGCCCAAAGCCUUAGAUCUGGUUCUUGAGCCCCUCCUCUCAGUAGGAGGAAGAGGGAAGAUGUGAACUGUUGGUUCUUGAUUCUAUAGUUCCUGUGCGUUUUUAAAAGAACCAGAAAACCAAAACUGUGAUCUUACAUCAUCGGCAGCCACUUAGAGGAUGCCGAUCACACAUUCUUAGCUCUGUAGUACCACGAGCUUUUAUAGAGUCAUGCAAUCCAUGUCUGAACAACAUAUUUAACCCUAAUAUUCCUUUACAGUACAGAUAGUAUUAUUAAAGGAAUACUUCUAAGAUGCAGUAUUUAUCAAAGCAUAUUUAGCAAUAACUUCAAGUCUAACAUAACUUAGGAACCAAUAGCCAGGACUAUUUCCGAGGGAAGAUGGUGCUUCCCUCCCUCUUUGUAUCCUUUAAAUGAUGGAAACAAGGAGUAAUAUUUAUGUUUCAGUGACCACCUGUCUAUUUUCUAUAUUUUAAUGUAGGCAAGACGAGAGCUGGUUUGAGUGUCAUGACAGCACCACUGAGAAGGUCCAGUUGGCCUGUCCCUAGACACCAGGCAGGUCUGAGUGCUACUUCCUGCCUUCCUGUGCCCUUCCUACAUGUAGGAAUGGCAGUGGGUCAUGUGAACCCACUUGAAAGGGAACUGGAAGGCCAAUCUUCAGGCCACCCCUUACAUGUUCACUCCUGCAAGUUCAGUCUGUUUUCCCAACACAUGCAAUAGAUGUGUAGCAAUGGGAAGGACAAAGCAGGGUUUCCAUUUCAGAGUGCGCACGAAGGGUCACACUUCCAGUGUGUUUCCUACUCACAUGUGGGAUGACAUCACAGAAACCACAAAAGCAACAAAUUAAACUGUAUGAGAAGAAAUACUCCUGACUGGUCUCCAAGGAGACAUUUUCAUGCCUUCUUAACUUUAUUAGGAAUUCUCAGGCUGAAACUAUAGGCCAUUGUUCCCCAGCCAAUCCAUGCAACACAUCAAUGCAUUCCCUAAACCUGCCAAAACCUUCAUCUGUGUGUGAAUGUUCUUAGGAGCCUGUGAUUCCCCCCGUGGUGCUACAAAGAGCCUGGAGCUGGGCCAGUGAGAAGGCCUGAGUAUCCUCCUGCCUCUCAGACCAUGUUUACUAAGCACUCUGAGCCAGUGCCACCCUGACAAGAGGGCAUGACGCCUGGGCAGUAGGAUGCCUGUCCACUCACAGCCUUUCCUGAAGCUCGCCUCACAUUGUAAUUCUUAGGUAGGGCUCCAGCCCAGAAACACUGGGUCUACACAUCCUCCCUCGCUGCUCUCAAAUGACCCCGUCAUACACCAGUGACCCAGCAAAGAGAUACCGCAGCACCCAGAGCUGGGACUUGUGGGCUUUAUGACUGGCUGGGGAGGACACUGCUGGUACCAUCUUUUCUCCUUCCCCAACUCCAUGCUAGAAGCCAGUCCUCAGCAGCAGCUCCAUUAUACAAGCACACAGGGAGCAGAGGUAAGAUGUCUGCCUUCCACAGUCACCAGUUCCAAGUGCCUUAUUCAAUCCAGACCCAAUGCCGGCACCUCUCUCAUCCCUAAGAGCCAAAACUAUACUUUUAUCAGUACUAUAAACCAAAGUGGUAACUGCUGCAGGGUGUGGCUUACAGGUCCACCUACUGGACUGCACAGAGCAGCCCAGCCAGUGCACACCAGCCUUGAGCCCAUCCCAUGGGCACAUCAACCACAGAGACCUUCUUCCCAUCACCUCGCUCUGAUUAGCACUGACGGCAAAAUGCUCUCCACUCAACCUGAACUUCCCACCGGCAUCUAGGGUUUUCCAAUCCCAGUGGCGAAAUAAGCGGCUUUCCCAGGUCUGUCAGCCCCAAACUCCGAACCCUUCCAGGGGCCCUUUGAAAACACACCUGUGCUAUUUCUGUGCCUUUUGUAAAGAGCAAAAACCACACACAACUUAGAGACGUGAGAGCAGCUUACUCUCCAGACAUCACAAGCUUGUUUCAUAGGAGAGGAUCCAGGAAAAACACUGCACAGGAAAGUGUUCAAGUACUUGAACAUGGAAAAUGGUGUGGCUGCCACCCACCUGAGCGUCUCCAUCGUCUAAAAGCACAUUCUAGGCUCCCUGUAAUCCUCCAAGGAAAGAGCAUUUCAGCCCUUAAUGUAGAAGAUGUAAAUCCAGACAUCCAGACAGAAUAAUAAAUGUCAGGUGAUUAUCUUAGUUUUACAAAAAAAAAAAAGUUGAAACCUAGUUUAUGUUCAU